AUGUCCGACCAACAACUGUUGCAAAUUUCGCCAUCCUACUACGCUGUGCCUCCAGAGCAGCGACCCUCGACUGGCACAGUACCGAAAGACGUCCAAGAGAGCCAUGAAAAGAUCCCUUUGCUUUUCCAGCCGACAGAGAUCACUUGCGGGAACAAGAAGAUGGUACUAAAGAAUCGCGUUAUUGUUUCACCAAUGUGCAUGUAUUCAUCGGUUGAUGGCUUCCCAACUCCAUUCCAUCUCGUGCACCAUGGCCAGUUCGCACUUCGUGGUGCUGGCGCUAUCGUCGUUGAGGCAUCCGGUGUCUCACCCGAAGGGCGCAUUUCACCACGAGACCUUGGCAUUUACAAGGAGGAGCAUGUUGCUGCGCAUGCAUCGCUUGUAUCCUCGGUCAAGAGUUUGGUGUCGGGUGUGCAUAUCGGUAUUCAAAUUGUACAUGCGGGUCGUAAGGCAUCAACAUGGCCGCCAUAUCAGCCACAACCAUCGGCAGAGCACGCGAAUGUGCCGACCAGUGAAGGUGGCUGGGAGGACAAUGUUGUUAGUGCAUCGGCGCUUCCUUUUGAUCACACACAUGUGACUCCCAAAGAAUUGUCGCUGCAACAAAUCCAUGAAGUAGAAGAUGAUUUUGUCCGUGCGGCUGAACGUGCAUUCCGCGCGGGUUAUGACUUUGUGCAGAUCCACUCUGCUCAUGGCUACCUUGUUAGCUCAUUCAAUUCGCCUUUGACCAACAAGCGCACGGACGAGUACGGUGGCUCAUUUGAGAACCGAACGCGUCUACUUCUUAACAUUGUCCGCCGUAUUCGCCAGCAAUUCCCUGACCGUGGUGUGUGGGUCCGCAUCAAUGGUACAGAUGGUCUACCCGAGGACUCCAAGGAUGAGAGCUGGACCUCCGAAUCGACCAAAGCUGUCGCGCCGCUUCUUGAACAGGCUGGAGUUGACAUGCUCGAUGUGAGCAGCGGUGGCACUAUUGGUUCUAUCCAAUUGAGGGCCUCUCCAGGUUAUCAAGUCCCAGGUGCUAUAGCUGCCAAAGCUGGUGGUCUUCAGCGUAUGCGCGUUAGCUCUGUGGGUGCGCUGAAUGGAGGAACCCCAGAAGAUCCUUCGCGUGAAGGCCUAUUCGCUGAGAAGGUUCUACAGAGCGGCGAUGCUGACUUUAUUACGCUAGGUCGAGCCUUUCUCCGAAACCCAUGUUGGGUAGAGGAUGCGGCUCGCAACCUUAUGGGAGUGGAUCCAGUGUGUGUUCUGCAAUAUGGCUACGCAUACCCGAGAUUGUCUCCACGCUCUAACACUGACGACAAGGGCCUGUAG